AAAUACAUUAUCUGCUUAAAAAAAAUUAUAAAAAAUUAUGAAAUAGUAGUAGCAAAAAUAAAAUGCAAAUUUAUAUAGUAUUACAUACUAUUAGCAUAACGAAGAGUUGUGUUGAAACGAACGAUGAAUCUAUACAACAGAAAAUAUCAGCAAAUUGUGAAUUUCGCGAAGAAAGAUACGCGUAAGAUAAAUUGACUUUUUGUUUGAACUUCCUUUUUCUUUGUCAUUACACGAGUUGUGUAUGUACUCUGCAAUCGAUCGUUCUUUUCUUAACACAUUGUAAUCAGCCAUGCAGAUUUGUGCCUCUUAUUAUUCAUGAAAAUUCACCAAGAGAAUACGAGAUAGGAAGAUUUAUCUUUACAUUGAUCUCUAUUGCAGAAAAGUUUGUCAAGAAAAGUAUUCUCGUCUUCGUAAACGGAGUGAGCGUUCGAUCUAUAAUAAAUCGCCCAAACCUUUCAUUAUUCUACUAACAAUAAGAUAAAAACAGUUAUGAAAAUGAUCUUAAUGUCUUGUGAUCGUUUCUGUCGUCUAUAUCUUAUAUCGUCUAUAUCGUCUAGUCUUUCGUACAUAUCCUCUCUCUGAGAGAAUUUUUAAUGAAACUGCAAAUCGUCAGACGACGUCGAUUGUGCAACAGUUACAACCGAGCGAUGAAGAUGAGUAUAUCGAGCGAUAUUUUUCAGUCUGGACAAUAUAAACUGAAUCGUGUGCUACUCUCAUUACUAGGACAGUGGCCUUUUCAGAAGGCUAGAGACAAACGAGCCAUCUUUUCUGCAUUGUCGUUUAUUGGGUUAACGCAAGCCAUCACGCAGGUACUCGCUUUGGUGACGUUACGCGGCGAUUUAAGUGCAACGUUCGAAUGUAUACCACCGCUCUUAAUAGACGGUGUUUGCAUCAUUAAGCUGUUGAACUUGGUAUACAAUAUGAAGAAGAUCAAGAUACUCAUCAUACAUAUACAAAAGGACUGGCAAUCGUGCGCCAUCAAAAGCGAAUUUGAGAUUCUACACAAGUUUGCCGAGAGUGGAAGAAGUAUUACAAUCGGCUAUGCCGGUGGUAUAUAUGCAUUUGGCAGUCUGUUUCCACUCCUGGCUAUAAUUCCAAAGAUACUGGGUAAUGAUGUAACAUCGAAUUAUUCGACGCGACCAGUAGGAUUUCCGUAUCAUGUGGAAUACUACAUAGAUCUCGAGAAGUAUUAUUAUCCUGUAUUAAUCCAUAAUUAUCUGGCUACUACAAUCCGUCUUACUAUCGUAAUCGCGUCUGAUACCUGCGUGGCUAUUUUGGUGCAACAUUGUUGCGCAUUGUUUUCAGUCGUCAGAUAUCGACUAGAGCAUAUACAAAAGUCCAUCGAGCAAGACAAGGAGCUCGCCUCGCUCAGGAAAGACGAUAAGGUUUACACGAAUUUUGUAUACUGCAUUCGAAAGCACAAAGCUGCUUUACAAUUUGCUAGCUGUCUAGAGACCAUUUAUGUGCAGGCAUUCUUCCUAGAAAUUGGUUUCGUUAUAUUAGUUAUGAGUGUGUCAGCUGUGCAGGCUACCAACGAUUCUCUUACCCCACAGCUUGCAAUUCGACAUGGUGGUUAUAUAACCGCGCAAUUGUUGCAUUUAUUUAUCGCAUGUUGGUUGGGGCAACAAGUAAUCGAUCAUAGUGACCGUGUGUACACAUCAACUUACAGGGGCGAAUGGUAUGAAUCAUCAUGCAAAUCCAAAAAGCUCUUAAACAUGGUAAUGUUGAGAAGUAUCUCACCUUGCACAUUGACAGUUGGAAAAAUCAUGAUUCUAUCUCUUCCGAGUUUCAGCGCGGUAAGACUUGCAAACUUCUCCGCACGAACAAGAGACAAGAUGGACAAACCUGAUCAGUUUUUCUUUCAAAACACAAAUUACAGAAUCUUACGGAUAUUACUAAGCGUUAGCGGUCUCUGGCCUUUUCAUACGUUACGUAGACGCUACCUGACGUACCUCGUAAUGGUACUAGUACUUGGAUCCGGAUUUGUGUUUCAGGUAUUAGGUAUAGUGGAAGUUUUGAAUGAUACCUUUGCAGUGAUCGAUACCCUGCCCUUAUUAGUCUUCGUUACAACAUCAAUGGCUAAAAUGUUCUGUGUGGUGUACGCGUUACCACAGUUAAAAAUAUUGCUAAUCAAGAUAAAUGAGUAUUGCCUCUCCGCAAAAUCGGACGAAGAAGCUAAAAUUCAUAACAAACAUGCAAUAUACGCACGGAAUUUGGGUUACGCUUACACGGUAUCCCUCGACAAUUCAACGAAUCUCGCAAAACAGUGGCGUCAGAUAAGAGACACGAUGGAUGAUGUCGACGAGUUCUUUCGACAGUCGCAUUACAAUAUUAUUCGGAUUCUGUUGAGCGUUGGCGGACUCUGGCCCUAUCACACGACGAGUCAACGUUGCGCGACAUAUGUUGGCUUUUUGCUCGUGCUCGGAACCGGGUUGAUAUUCGAGGUGCUGGGUAUGAUUGAAGUUUGGCCAGACUCUUUAGAAGUGGUUGACUGCUUGCCACUAUUAGUUCUCGGUGCAGUGCCAUUGACUAAACUGGUCUGCGCGAUAUAUACGUUACCGGAGAUCAAGAUACUUCUGAGGAAAAUGCAAGAGUAUUGGUAUUCUCCAAAAUCGGACGAAGAGACCAGGAUCUUACAUUCAUAUGCGAUAUAUGGACGAAAUUUAGGCUACGUUUAUAUGGGUAUGUUGCUUAUCCACACCGUCGUUUUCAUACUUGCAACACUUUUAACUAAAUUUAUUUCGGUGGAAUCCACCGGGAACAACUCGUCAAGCAACUCGCAUAGCACGCAAAGAGGAUUACCGUAUCGUGUCAAUUACAUGGUCGAUCUAGAAACAUAUUACGUUCCAAUUUUUAUCCACACCGCUGUAUGCGACGUAAUUUACACGAUCUUGAUGAUCAUGUUCGACGUGUUGUACCUGACGCUCGUUCAGCAUUGCUGCGGUUUAUUUGCAGCUUUAAGAUAUCGCUUAAAAAGCGUAUCUGAACAUGGAAAUGACGAUGACGACUCAACGCCGAUCUCGAGGAGGAAUAAAAUUUUCUCAAAUAUCGUGUACAGCAUUCGAAGGCAUGCAGAAGUAAUACAAUUUGCUACCGUUACGGAGUCGAUAUACAGGGUACCCCUUUUCGUGCAUGUCGGGGCUAACAUAUCAGUUUUAAGUAUCUUAGGAUUUCAGGUGAUUACGAAUACGGAGGACAUCAAUCGCGUUCUGAAGCAUGUCAGUUAUUUGAAUGCUCUCCUCGUCAAUACAUUCUUCGAAAAUUGGCAAGGUCAAAAGAUGAUGGACAGCAGCGAAGAGGUCCACGAAUCCGCGUAUAACACAAAGUGGUACAAUAUGCCAACGAACCAAAGAAAGCUUCUAGUGAUGAUUAUGAUGAGAAGCAGAAAACCAUCAAGAAUAACGGCGGGUAAACUCGUUAACUUGUCAUACGUAAAUUUUUCCGCGGUAAUACGUGCAUCGUCGUCAUACUUUAUGCUUCUACGAUCUAUGCAGUAAAAGUUCCAAAUGUAAUAAAAAUAAAAAAUUUAGGAGACCUUUUGUCCACGCUUCUUAAUAUAAUAUUUUCGACUAAUGCAUUUAACCACACGUGUUUUUCCAGAAGUCUUCCAGACGAAAUUUACGUGAGUAAGUGUGAAGCUGUAAAAAGAUUAUCUUCAUAAUACAGUAAACAAUUGUUAAAUUUACUAGAAAAAUAUGUAUAAACAUGAAUAAACGCGCAGGUAAUAUUUUAAAA